GCCACAGCUGAUGGCUAAAUCGUUUUACGUGAGCUGAGAAAACUGCCUGUAUUACUUCAAACCGCCUAGCUAGACUGGUCUAGAGCAUUUAUAUUUUUCAAGAUUCAAGAUUCAAGUGUGAUUAAAGAUCGAAAAGGAUGAAACCGGUUACUGGUGCUGAAACGGUUACUUCUGAGGAUAAAGUUAGAAAAUCUUUACAUGAACUUCAGCCCUCAGCUACUGAUAAGGAAACUUUAGUUGGUGCUGAUAGAAUGAUCAAAUCUACUCAACAAACAAAAGAAGCAAAAUCAAAAAAAAAUGUACCUACAAAAAAGAAAAAAGAUGCUUCCAAAAAUCAAGUAAAAGUGACAACCAAUAACAAAGCUGUUCAAACUGUGAAAGAGGAAAAGGGAGAAAUUGACGCUGAGGAUCUAAUAUGCACAGAUUUAGCUGGUCCGAGUGAAAAUUAUUGGCAAGUAUUAGCUGAAAAGAGGCGAUUAGCGCUUAAGGAUACUUUAGAAGAAAAUAAAGAACUCGCAAAACGUAACGAAAAGUUAGAAGAAGAAAGUCGUAUUUAUAAAUUAAUGUUGGAUGAAGCGAGAGCUCUUAUUGAAGUGUUGCAGGACAUGAUGGGAGAUGACAGAAACGAUAUAAACAAUUCAUUAGAAGACAGUGUCCUUUGAUUUACGAGUUCAUUUCUUAAAGUUAUAACGAAGAUCAACUAUCGAAAAUUUCUAUAUAAAAAUGUUGAACGCAUUCAAACUCACAAAAGCCGAUAUUUUAUUUCAAACUUAUGUAUACAUAUUAUU